AUGGCCCCCGGUCUCGUCUAUCCCCAGACCCAUGACGAACGGCAGCACUUCCCAUCCUAUGAUGAACGGGUGAUUGCAGCAACGCCGCCGUCUAGUCACGCGUCCCCAGUGCUACGGGCUGUCGCGUUGGAUGCCCGGCCGUUCGCACCGAGCACCGGCGAGCAGCAGCAGCUGAUGGAGGGCGCCGCCGAGGUGGACCUGCUCGUCGAGAACUUCAACAAGGCGGUUGAGAUUCAAAACGAGCAGGCCCGCCGACUGCACGACCUGAUGCAUGCAUAUCCACGCCUCUCCAGAGCCUACUCAGAGGGCUCGCUUCCUGCGCCGACUUCCACCGACGCCUCUGCCGGCAGCGCCCCCCCUCAUACACCGCCUGAAGGAGCCGCCACCAUCAAGAGCGCGGCUCGAUAUCAGGCCACCGUGGAGGACUGCACAGAGUCCGAGGCCGAAGAGGACUGCCCGACUCCGGCCUCAAGUGACGACCGCCUCACACCGCCCCCCCCCGGAAAGAAGGACUCCAAGUCGUCGGACCAGGACAGGCCGCCAGCGAGACGGCACACCAUCUCUGCCUCAGCGCCCACAUCGCCCUCAGCAGCCCACGCCGUAGUGGUGGGAGCCUCGUCGCCGCCUACCAUCGUCAAGGAGGUGCGGUUCUCGGACCGGCCGCCGUCUGUGCUACAGCGCAGCGCCUCAGCGCGCCACUCUGGUAGUGGCGGCGUGUCCUCGCAGCAGCAGACAAGGUCGUACCAGCCGCAGCCGCGUGAGAGAGCUGUGCAGUCUCUGCAAGAUGACCGAUGGGGGACCCUGUUCACACCCCAGGGCAAGGCAACCUCUAAGAUGAGAGACGCACUGCGCGGUCUGGCCAUGCACCUGAUUGAGGUGUAUAAGCCAACUCACUCGCUGGUCGUCACGCCGGAGAAGCUGCACAAGUUCUACUCCAGGUACGGACUAGACAGGGAGGACAUCAACCUCGUCAGGAUGUUUAGCCUGACUUCCCGGGAUGCCAUGGAAAACCUGGAGAGGGUGUUCCUUUCCCUGAACUGCGAGUUUCACGUCGUUCAGGAUACCUACAGCGCCGGAGGUCGCCCCCGCCGGCCGUACAUCCCCGCCCUUACCCCCGAGGGCUUCGUACAGUGGUCCAUCACGCUCAUCCGCGCGUGCCCGGACCAGGAGGCCGUUCGCCUCGCCCGCGUCUUUGCGGACAUUGACCUCGAGGCCCGCCCCGAGGACCCGUCGCUGGUGGAAGGCGACGAUGCUCAGCGCGGCCGGCGGAGGCUUCCGCGACAGAUCUCGCGGUACCUGUUCCCCGCGGAGGCGAACGCAAGUGAGCUGCGUCUGCUCACCGACACCAUGCGUCAGUGGCGGUACGCCACCGAAGCCGCCUCUGCCUCUCGCAGCCCGGACCGGCCGGCGGCGCAGUCGUCCUCGGUGCAGAACAAGCCGCUGAUCCACUCGGACGCGCGCAGCCGGCAGGAGCACCUCCAUCGCCCCAGGAAGGACUACGACCACGACUACGAGCGCGAUGCCGCGGCGGUGAUGGUGCCCCAGGGAGGCGGACGCAAGGACCGCGAGUACCGGUUGUCGGGAGGAUCCUCGCGCUACGCGUCCAAGUCGCACGCUCGGGGCGAGAGCCCGCGACGGAGCUCCUCCAAGCGGUACGACAGACGGGAGCGGGACGGCAAGGAGUCGGAGAGGGACCGCCGUCGCGGGGAGCGCAGAUGGAGCGCGGACAGCUACGAUGAGCCGCGACACAGGCGUCGCGAUGCCCGGGGAUCUCGGGCGUAG